AUGAGUGGUUUACUCUGUUGUUAUCGAUGUUUUAAAAGGAAAAAGGAUGAAUCUAAAAGUAAAAAGCAUAAUAGUUCUCCAGUGGAAUUAGACUCUCAACAACCAAAUACAAUCCAGAAGAGUGAUGAGUCAGAAGCCAGUGUCUCUAUGCCAGUAUCCACAGCUAGUUCUAAUCCAGCAUCCAAACUUCUAGACUCUCAAUCUUCAUCACAUAACAAACAGGAAAUACAGCAAUCAAACGACACACCAAUAGUAGAAGUGUCAAGUGACAUGGCCGAAGUGGCAACUCUGAAUCCAGAAGAUACAACAAGAAAAAUGCGUCCUUUAAAAACAUCGAACAGUGGAGCUGACAUCACAUUAGGUUUAGAAGAUGCUGAUGGUACUACAGCAGAGGUAGAAAUUGAUGUCAAUGAUAAUGAAAGUGAAAUAGCACCAGAGGAAAUUCCAAGAGGAAAAGUUCGAAAAGCUUCCAUUGUAGAAAAACUAAGUAAGACCAAAGCAUCUGAGGCCUAUGUAGCAACAGUUAAGUCUUCAGCAGAACAGAGAGCAAAAGAUUUUGAAAAAUUAUUAAAUGAACAUGCAGAAAUCGUCCAAGAAAUUGGGAGAACGGCCAGUGCAGAGAAUCUUACUUCAGAUGAACGAGACCCUUAGUGCCAUAAGAUCAUAAACUAUAAAUUUGAUGAUGAUUGUUUGACAGCCCAUGUGUAUAUAACAUUAUUUUGAGUGAGUGUGGUAUAUACAACAAGAGUCUAGAACACUUCAACAUUUUAUUUAAAUGAACACUGUGGAAUUUCACCGGGUUACGAUGGUGCACAACUCAUGUUUCACAGUGUUUUUAUAGUGGAGCUACUCUCUGUUGACAUUCACAGUUUAUAGUGGAACUCGGCUUUAUGGUGGAACUAAAUUUUUAUGCGUUUUUAUGAUGGAACCAACUCUGUUGAUUAUGAAACUUCUUCGAUGGACAUUUUUUCUGAUUUCAGUGAUUUAUGAUGGAAUUCUACUCUAAUUUUCCAUGGUUUAUGACUGAACUCUAUUCUGAUUUAAUUGGUUUAUGAUGGGAACUAUUUUCUGGUUCAAUGGUUUAUGAUGGGAUCUCUCCUAUGAUGAUAAAAGUUGUAGUGAAUUGUUUGAAAGGGCUAUUAUCAAUGCCUAUUUGUAUUCAUAUACUGUUAUUUAGUGGAUAAAUAGAAAACUAAAUUCAAGAGGAAUUCAAAUGGCAUUUAGUGUUCAUUAAAUUUAUUACCUUUGUUCUGUCAUGAACUAUGUACUUUUCAUUUGUUCUAAUUUAUUAUUGACUAUCUUUAUAAUAAGUACGAUCAAUAUUGUAAUUAUCUCCCUUUGCUCCAUAAUAGAUGUACCUCUUCAACUUUGGAGAUUUGAUUUAUUGUACAAGCAAUGACUUUGCUAUAAAUAUGCUUUGAGAACAUUAUCUGAUAUGUUCUGAAAAUAUUAAAAUUACUUUGUAAUGUUCUGUAUUUGCUCAUUGAUAAUGCUACAUGUAUAUUAUCAAUACCUAAUAUACCGGUUUGUACAUUUCUCUAAUCAAAAGUUCAGCUUGUAGUAAUCAAAUAUUGACUGAAUCUGGAUUAGGCCCACACACAUAUGAUAGAUAAUCACUAAAAUUGAACUGAAAAACUAUAAAAUAAAAAUUCUAAUGAAAAUCUU